GGUAAAAUGGAGUCUCAUUUGUACGUGCAGUUUGUACACAAAAUUUAAUCAACUAGAUUUAUAUUUAUAAACAGUAUUAAUCUAACAAUAGGUAAUAUUUAGUUGAUGCAAAUGUGAUUUUUAAUAUAGUAUUGUUUACGGAAGGGUGAAACAAAGUGUUAAAAUAGUGUAAAAAAUCGUGCACAGAUCGACGGUAUCCAUGAGAUGCUGUAGUGAGAUGAACAAUAAAGAAGCGAUAUGUGCCGCCUAAAGCGAUGGACUCAUACGACUUGUUCGGGGAAGAUGGAAGUAGUAUGUUGGAAGGUUUGCCUGAACUGGGUAGUGCUAAUUUUGACCCUGCGGUGACGGGCACACGAAAUGCAACAUCGGCCUAUUCACAACCCACCUACUCGCAAGAGACGCCUCUGCAAAAAUUGGCCACUUUUGGUGGUACCGACUUUAAUCACAUGGAUCCGAAUGCACAAAGUAUGUAUGCUCAAGGCUAUGGUACCGAUAGACCCAUGGGCCCACCUGGUUCAGCAUAUACCCAUCAAAGGCAAAUGGUUAGACCUCCCGCACCAGCUGCUUCUGGACAGUAUCCAUAUCAAACCGAUAACAUGUAUUCAAUGCCUGACGUUCAGGUUGGUGGGUUGGGAGAAUCAAGUAAUAUGCAAGCAGCAGCUGCAAGCUGGAGUCAGCAUACAGCUGCUGCUGCUGCUGCUGGAUAUCCUAGCAUGCACAGAUACAGUCAAAUGAGUCAAUACCGACAACAACCAAUGGCUGCAUACCCCCAUCAACAAGAGCAAAAGCAAUUUUCUGCAGCUCAACAUCCAAUGAUGCAGCAGCCACAUCAAUCUAGUUAUCAAAUUCAACAGAGACAUGCACCUCAUUAUCCACAAGCAACUUCAGGAUAUCCUACUUCAGCAGCUGGCCAGAGUUAUGCAGGAUAUAUACAUCAAAGAUUGCCCCAUCAUCAUCAGUAUCCACAGACUCAUCAUCAAAUGGAUAUGACUGGUGUUUCACAAACACAACAAUAUACGCAGAUGAGUCAUGGUCAAUCCUUAACUCAUCCACCACCUCAUGGAGGUCCUACCUCUGGUCAUAUGGGACAGACACCACAUUCCGUAGGACAUACAUCUAGCCAACCCCACUCUUCAUCUCAACCACCUACUCCAAGUCCAAUGGGUCACCCCAGUACUAUUGCCUAUAACCAAAGUCAUCAAACCAUUCAACCUAUGCAAAGGCCUAUGGAUGUUCCACCUACUCAACAACAGUUUUCAUCUAAGCAUCCAACAGGGCCUAUUGGAAAUGCAAGUCCACAAUACCGUGCCCCAUUUCCUCAGUUAUCUCCACAAAUGUCGCCGAGACCGCAAAUGUCACCUAGGCCUCCUGCACCACAGAUGUCACCUAGACCUGUAAUGUCACCAGCAAAGCCUAACAUGUCGCCUCAUCCGCCAUCAAUGCAACAAGCCACACUGAGUCCUAGACCAGCAACGAGUUUGACUCCGAAAGUAACAGCUGCUUCUCCUGUACCUAUGCCACCAUAUUCACAACAAAGUACUUUGCAAGCAUUGGAGCAGAUGGUGAUGCCACCAUCAAGCACUAGCUCUUCUGAAUAUCCUCCUUAUCAGUCGAGAAAUUCAUUAGGUCCUCCAGCUGGUCCACAGAAUCCUCUCUCACCAGCCAUGAGUAUGAGAAAUGUAAUGUCAGAACCACAAUGGCCACCUCUGCAACCUAAUAGAUCUUCACAUAUUUCUAAUAUAAAUGGACCGAUAGCAGUGAUGGAACAGAAUUCCAUACCAACAAGCCAAGCUAUUCCUCCAUCACAGACACUUCCUCCAAAUUCAUUAUCAAAUACGUCUCUCUCUUCGGCACCUAAUAUAGCAGUUGGUUUUGGAAAUGACGAUGUAAGAACUGACAUUAAUAAAACCACCACACUAUGUGAUGUUCCAGCUAGAGAAAGAGAAACUAAUACUCCUCACAACAUGCCAGUGAGCAGUCAAAGUGAUUUUGUUUCUGUACAGUCACCGACUACAAGUAUACCAGAUAAAAUGCCCAGUAGUACUACUAAUAUUGAGUUGAAUGUCCCAACAUCAACUCCUCCUGUUUCAUCUCAUCCACCUACUCCUACUCCAACAUCUACUACUGAUGAUAAUAUUACAAAUACUCAAGACACAAGUCUUCCUUCAAAUAGUGAUUCUGUCAAACAGAUUGAUGAACUGAGUAACACUAGUUCAACAUCCCAGCAACAAACUCCCAGUCAGAGUAGCACAACGAAUAAUUUUACAGAUUUUAAUUGUGUAUCAAGUAUGUCUGGUUACCCAAGUCAACCGGAUACACCAAAAACUAGUAAGAUGGAUGAUAUAGUUCAAUCAAAUGCAUCUGUAUUUAGUCAAGAUAAUUCAGUAUCUCAAGAAUCAUUAGCAGAAUCUACUAAAUCUGAACUAACUUCAAUUCAGUCACCAAGAUUACAGUCUCCAACUUCACAAACAUCAACACCUUUAUCAUCUUCUGUGGCAAACAAUAUUAGAGAAAAUCAGCUCCUUUCUUACAAUAUGAGUCAAAACAUUUCUACUAACAUUACUCCACCGUCUCCUACACAAUCUCACUCGGUGAUACAAAGUCAAAACAGCAGUCAGUCAUCACCAGUACCAAUGGGACAUAAUGUGAUUUCAACAUCUCAAAUGCUCCCUAACAUCUCUCAACACCUUAAUAAUAUGCAGAAUCAGCCAAAUAUUCAAUGUAUACAACAAACAAACCUAACUCCUCCACCUCUUGGUACUAUUAAGAGUGCAAACAUUCCAGUUGCCAACAUGUCAUCACAGAGUAAUGUGUUAAAUUCACCAAAUAGUGUAACUAGUACAGCUUCUCAAAAUUCAAAUAUUCAAGGUGCAAAUAAUUCAUCAAAUGUACAAAGUAACUUGGGUAACAUACCCAGUCAGAGUAAUAUGUCAAACAUACCUCUUUCCAAUAAUUUAUCUAGUAUAUCUGGUCAGAACAGUUUGCCUAAUAUUUCUGGGUCAAACGAUUUAUCCAAUAUUCCUAGUCAAAAUACUUUACAGAAUAUACAGUCACCUAAUGUUAGUGUUCAAUCAAAUUUGACUAAUAUUGUAAGUCAGCAAAAUUCACAAAAUAUGUUAGGCUCAACAGUUAUACCUAACAUUCAAAAUCAAAAUGUUACUGGACAUACUCUACCAAUGAGUCAACAUAUACCUAUCACUCAUGGUCAAAUUCCUCCCGUUUCUAAUACAAAUAUGACGCCACACAAUGCCGUUCCUGCAGUACCCCCUAGUACUCAGUCCGGUAAUAUAUUUGAUCAGAAUACACAACUUAUUGGACCUAAUGGUAUGCCGUUAAGUACAACAAGGGUGUUACCUCCUCAUGGAUUGCCGCCAAUGGGACACCCGGGUAUACCAAUGGGAAUGGGUACUCAUCCUGGAAUGAUGUCAAAUAUGACAGGACAUGGUAUGAUAUCGGGUCAGGAAAUGCAAACCUAUCAACCUCCUAUCAGUCAUCAUCAGGAGAGAGCUGCUUUACAGCAACAAAUUCAAGAGUUAUACUGUAUGCCACCAGCUCCUGAACAUCAAGAAAAAAUUUCCCAUCUACAGGAAAGGUUAAAUAUUUUAAGUCAACAUGAGGCAAAUGAGCAAUGCAAUGGAGGACCGCAGUGUGUUCUUCAGAGUCCAAUAUUUACUUCUCCAAUGAUAGAUAGCCCUCAGGUUACUAGUACAACUGGUAGAGGAAGGGGAAAAGGUGCACCUAAAGCCAGGAAACCAAGAGCUAAGAAGGGAGAAAAAGGUGCAUCUCCUAUACAAAUGGCACCUACAAUGCCUAUGAACAUGGCAGUUCCUCAGCAGUUGCCAGUUUCUGAAGAUUUUGUAACUCCUGGGGCUGGACUAAGCAUUCCUUCUAAUGAAAGUUCUGAUUUUACUGAACUCGGAAUAGAUCCAAUUACUGGAGAACCAGAAAAGAAAAAAGGUAGAAAACCUCGUGAACCUAAAAAACCAAAAGAACCGAAACUUAUAAAAGAAUUAAAAGCUCCGAAGUCACCUAAAGAACCUAAAUUACCAAAGGAAAGAAAGAAAAGAGAACCUAAAGAGCCAAAAGUCAAACGUAAAUAUGUAAGAAAGAAAAAAUCUGGUGAAUUGUCUGAAGAGAGUGCUACUGAUGAUUCUUGUAAUAAAUUUGUAGAAGGUGCUGAUAUUUCCAUAUCUGCUACAGAACAACUUGAAAUUGCUGAAGCAGAGGCUGUUGAUAUAGUAAAAGACAUUGAAAUAAAUGUAGAGACACAGCCAGAAAAUUUGGAUAUAAUGGAGGAAAAACUAGAAGAGAUACAGGCUGAUUCACAGACGCCUUCCGAAGAAGUUGCAAUUCCUGAAUCCACCGAGGAAUCCAAAAAAGAUGAAUAUAAUUUUGAAGAUCAACCUAGUCCAGAAAUAACAGAGCUUCCUAAAAGGAUAAAAAAGCCACGGCCACCUCCUAAAAAAGUAGUAUCGACAAAAGCAAAAAGUAGAAAGAGCAGCUCUUCAAAUCGUAAACGCAAAGGAAUGAUGCCUGAAUCAGAUGGCGAGGGAGAAGAUUUAGUUUCUACUCCACCUCCUUCGCCACCAGAAGAUUCAGAAAGUGCAUCAACAAAAAGAAGGUCAGCAAGAAACACUCAAAGGAAAAAGUACAUUGAUGACGUUAUGCUUAGGUUUUCUGAUGAUGACGCACCUGUUACACCAACUAAGAGUAAAAAACCAACUGUUCCUCUCACUCCACCAUUCCCAACUACUUCAGAUACUCCUCCUGUGGUAGAAGAAAAUUCUGUGGAUAGUAAAAGUCAGAUGAAUUAUGUUUAUGUCAAUACAACGGAAGAAGAUUCUAUGGUUGUGCAGCAUGUUCUGUGCUCAAGAAUAGUAAAAAGACCAAAGAAAUCUAUUCCACCUAAAGAAAUAAAACAAGACACAGAAGUCAAACUAACACUUGAAGACAAAAUUGGUGAGGACAAACAAUUUGAAGAUGUUGAUAGUGUGAAUUUAGGAGCAAACAUAGUUACUGUUGAAAAUCGAGAUUCUGAUAAAUCUAAAGGUGAAGAUGAUGAAAAUCUGUCAGAAAUGGUGGAAAUGGAAGAAUAUUAUGUUAAAUAUCGCAAUUUCUCAUAUUUACAUUGUGAAUGGAAGACUGAAGAAGAGCUUUAUAAAGGUGACAAAAGAAUAGGUAAUAAAAUAAAGAGAUUUAAGCAGAAACAAGCUCAACAAAUGAAUAUCUUUGAAAAUUUAGAAGAUGAACCAUUUAAUCCUGAUUAUACGGAGAUUGAUAGAGUUUUAGAUUUAUCAGAACACACAGAUCCUACCACUGGCGAAACUGUAAAACAUUAUUUAGUUAAAUGGCGUGCAUUACAAUAUGAAGACUGCACUUGGGAAUUGGAAGAAGAUGUCGACCCUUUAAAAAUACAACAGUUUGGAAGAUUUAGUAAAGUACCUCCAAAGGAUAAAUGGAAAUCUAAGAGAAGGCCUAGCCCGGAAUCUUGGACCAAGUUGGAAAUAUCACCUAUCUUUAAAGGUGGUAAUAGCCUUAGAGAAUAUCAACUAGAAGGAUUGAAUUGGCUUUUGUUUUCGUGGUACAAUGGCAGAAAUUGUAUUUUAGCCGAUGAAAUGGGUCUAGGAAAAACGAUUCAAAGUUUAACCUUUCUUAAUGCAGUAUGGGAAUAUGGUAUUAGAGGUCCAUUUUUAGUUAUAGCACCACUUUCUACCAUACCAAAUUGGCAAAGGGAAAUAGAAAGUUGGACAGAAAUGAAUGUCAUUGUGUAUCAUGGCUCAGCAGCUAGUCGAAAUAUGAUCCAAGAAUAUGAAAUGUAUUAUAAAAACGAGAAAGGACAAUUUAUUAAAGAUAUAACAAAAUUUAAUAUUCUCAUAACUACAUUUGAAAUAAUAGUAACAGAUUUUGCAGAUUUGAAAAGUUUCAACUGGAGAGUAUGUGUUAUUGAUGAGGCACAUAGAUUGAAAAAUAGGAAUUGUAAGUUAUUGGAAGGUCUGAGACAAUUAAAUUUAGAACAUAGAGUUUUGUUAUCUGGUACUCCAUUACAGAAUAAUGUGAAUGAACUAUUCUCUUUGUUAAAUUUUCUUGAACCAAAUCAGUUUCCAAGUUCUGAGGCUUUUAUCCAAGAGUUCGGAGCUUUAAAAUCUGAACAAGAGGUGCAAAAGUUGCAGUGUCUGUUGAAACCUAUGAUGUUAAGGAGAUUAAAAGAAGAUGUAGAAAAAUCAUUGGCACCAAAGGAAGAGACAGUGGUUGAGGUGGAAUUAACAAAUAUUCAAAAGAAAUAUUAUAGAGGCAUACUAGAAAGAAAUUUUUCAUUUCUGUCAAAAGGCACCACUCACGCAAACAUACCUAAUUUGAUGAACACUAUGAUGGAAUUGAGGAAAUGUUGUAUUCAUCCUUACUUACUGAAUGGAGCAGAAGAACAAAUACAAUAUGAUUUUAAAAACCAGCAUGGAGAAGAUCCAGAUUCUUAUUACAAGUCGCUUAUCAAUUCCAGUGGAAAAAUGGUUUUGAUAGAUAAACUAUUACCUAAACUGAAAGCCAAUGGACACAGAGUUUUAAUUUUCAGUCAAAUGGUUAAAUGUUUAGAUAUUCUUGAAGAUUAUCUUAUGUACAGAAAAUAUCCUUAUGAGAGAAUCGAUGGCAGAAUUAGAGGAAACUUAAGACAAGCUGCUAUAGAUAGAUUUUCUAGACCUGACUCUGAUAGGUUCGUUUUCCUUUUGUGCACUAAAGCUGGUGGUUUAGGUAUUAAUUUAACUGCUGCAGACACUGUUAUAAUAUAUGACAGUGAUUGGAAUCCACAGAAUGAUUUACAAGCUCAAGCUAGAUGCCACCGUAUUGGCCAACAAAAGAUGGUCAAAAUCUAUAGAUUGUUAUGUAGAAACACUUAUGAAAGGGAAAUGUUUGAUAAAGCUUCUUUAAAACUUGGAUUGGAUAAAGCAAUAUUACAAAGUAUGAAUACAUCACAAGGUGGUAAAGAGACUGGGACUAAACAAUUAAGCAAAAAAGAAAUUGAAGAUUUAUUAAAAAAAGGUGCAUAUGGAGCUUUAUUGGAUGAAGAUGAUGGAGAUAAAUUUUGUGAAGAAGAUAUUGAUGUUAUUUUAGCUAGAAGAACGCAAGUCAUAACAAUGGAAUCUGAGAAGGGAUCCACCUUUUCUAAAGCAAGUUUUGCUUCAAGUGCUAACAGAUCCGAUAUAGCAAUUGAUGAUCCAGAUUUUUGGAAUAAAUGGGCGAAAAAAGCAGAAAUUGAUACUACAGAAAAGGAUGAAAGUGAAGACUUGGUCAUAUCAGAACCUAGAAGAAGAACUCAAAUUAAACGAUAUGGCCAUGAUGAAAGUGCUAUCGACAUGUCUGAAUUAGAAAGUUCUUCAGAUUCGGAUCCUGAAAAUGAAGGUCUAGGUUUGGGAAUACGAAACCGUAGGAAUAAAUUGAAGAAGAAAAAAUAUAGAGAUGAAUACUUUCCAAGAGAAGGUGAAAGAGGUGAAAUUGUUUAUGGCAGUUGGGCUAGAAGAGAAUGUUUCAUGGUAGAAAGAGGUUUACUUACCUUUGGUUGGGGCAGAUGGCAAGAAAUAUUACAUCAUUCUCAACUGCGAAAAGGCUGGAGAGAUCAAGAUGUCGAAGACUGUGCUCGUGUUAUCCUGCUCUACUGCCUGAGAUUCUACAGAGGAGAUGAAAAAAUUCGUAGUUUUAUAUGGGACUUGAUUGCACCAUCAGAAAAUGGAGAACAAAAAAUUUCACGCAAUCAUCAUGGCUUAAAAGAUCCAGUUCCGAGAGGAAUAAGGAACAAAAACAAAAAUAAAAAAGAUGGUAAAGGAGGAAUAUUGGGGAAAGAUAAUAGACAUCCAGCCCUAACUGAUCCAAAUCACUGGAGUAAAAGUGAGAAAUAUGAUGGCGAUAUAUUUUUGGAAAAUAACUACAAAAAACAUCUAGGACGUCAUGCUAAUAAGGUACUCUUACGAGUUCGGAUGUUAUACUAUAUCAAACAUGAAAUUAUUGGAGAUUUGGUACAACAUAUUGCUGAUGGAGUUCACGCAAGUGCCCUGCCGAUAUACCCUCCCGUAACGGAGCAAUUACCUAGCGUGUGGUGGGAUUCGGAAUGUGACAAGUCUCUGCUGAUUGGCACUUGGAAGCACGGCUAUGAGAAUUAUACAGCGAUGCGUGUCGACCCCACCCUAUGUUUCCUGUCCCGUUGUGGCCUGCCUUCCGAUCGUGAACUCCAGAUGGCAACCUCUAACACGCAACCCCCUACGCCCGCACUCAAUGAUGAUGAGAUAGAAGACGAAGACACUAAUGAGGAUUCAAGUUUAAAAUCUAAGAAUCGAGAUGCUUCUGAAGCAAAUUCAGAAGUUGCUGAACCAUCACCAGGUCCUUCUGCCUCUUCUGAAACACAACCUUUGGAUACUGAUGAAAGAAUAUUGGAGGAGUCUAUGGAAGAUAAAAAUGCUUGGCCCACAAUUACAGACCUUAAUACGAGAUUGAGAAGGGUAAUUACAUCUUAUCAAAGAAGUUACAGAAAGGAGGAACAGAAAAUGGCUGCCGCAAAGCCAAAGCCCCUGAUAGAAUCCGCCCUGUCCUCCCCCUUGGCUGCCCUGGCUCAGGUGUCACAGCAGUUUGAUCCAAGAGAGGCGGCUAGCUUAGGUCUGCAAGGAUGGGAUCUACAACAACUUGCACUUUAUUUGUUGAAGAUGGAAAGACAAGGGAAACAAGCUAUGGAACAGGCUUUGAGAGAUACCAACAAAGAACGUGAGAAGCUUACAAUUGGAAAGAGAUGGACCAAACGCGAGGAAGCUGAUUUUUUCAGAGUAGCAUCAUCCUAUGGAGUUAUAUAUUACAGAAAGAGGAAGGCGUAUGAUUGGUUAAAAUUCAAACAAUUAGCUAAACUCGAAAAAAAAUCUGAUGAGGAUUUAACUGAAUAUUACAAACAUUUUGUAAUGAUGUGUAAAAAACAAUCUGGAGUAAAUAUUGAAGAAGGAAGUUAUGACACAUCUAUUGAGUCCAUUUCAGAAGAGAAAGCAAGGCGUACAUUGGAAAGAUUGGAAUUAUUAUCAAAGAUCAGAGAAGAAAUCUUAACUCAUCCAAAAUUAGAUGAACGCUUGAGGGUAUGCAUCACUUCGGCAGAUAUGCCAGAAUGGUGGAUUGCUGGAAAACAUGACAAAGAUUUAUUAUUAGGUGUUGCUAAGCAUGGUCUUGGGAGAACUGAUUAUUAUUUGUUGAAUGACCCAGAUUUAUCAUUUCAUGAAGUUUUGAGAAAAAAAGUUCGAUCCGAUUCUAUAGAUACAAAAGAAGCAAUAAAAUUGGAAAGUCAUGAAGAUAUAUUAAAAUUUGAUAAAGAUGAGAUUCUCGUCAAAUUAGAGAAAGGAGAAGGCACAUUGAAAAUUGAAAAGGUUGCUUUAAAAAAAGAAAAUCUAGAGGAAAAGAAAGAAAAUCAAGAAAAUAAAAUAAAUUUAACAAUUGUAAGGAGUGACAAAUGUGAUGGUGAUGGAAAUAAAGGAAAUAAAGAUUAUGAAAAAUUAACCGAUUCUGGAGAGUUCCAAGAUCAAGAGAAAAAAGAAAUUAAAGAUGAAAAAAUAGAAAUACAAAAGUCAUCUGAUGCUGAAGGAUUGGAGGAGAAAAAAUUGGAAGAAGAAGAGAAUUUCAGUGAUGAAAUAACAUUUUCCAAAGUAGAUCUAGAUAAAGAGAUUGAAGGGAAACAAAUUGAAUCUGAAGAUUUAAGUAAAUUGAAAAUCGAAAAAACUGGAGAACCAGCAAAAAAAUUACCUGAGUCUGAAUCUGAUUUGUGUUCGAAGCAAGCUGCUGAACUUAAGGCAAUGUUUCCUGAUCUGGAAGUAAUUCAACCACUAUCCAGAUUGUCUCAAGUGGAUACGUUUGUGCUACGUGAUAAACAAGGAAGUGGGGCUUUAGAUUUCAGUGAAACGACUGUGGCUCAGUUAUUCAAUGAUGCUGUUAAAUGGCCAAAGGAAUAUGCUAUUCAAGUUCGACUACAACAUAUUAUAUAUGCAGUCGAAACAAAAGAAUGGCCAGCUACGAAAUCAUUCUCAGCAUAUGCAACUGGCAUUGGGAAUGAAUUUGACAUUCCAAUUCAUGAAUUGCCUAAUGAACCGAUUAAACGAGAAACCUCAACUCCAAUGUCACUAGGAGACCCUGAUGUAGUUUCAAUAAGCAUGGAUCGGAAUGGAACAAAUAAAAAACGUAAAAGGCACAUUGCUAUUGAUGUUGAAACUGAAAGAGCAAAAUUGCACGCUUUAUUGAAUAGUAGUCAUAUGGCUACAUCUAUCUCUAAGCAUGGGAUGUCAUGGGAUAAUGAAGACUCAGAAGAUUCCAGGAGGUCAACUCCUAGUAAUUUACAGCCACCCCCUGCUCAUCAGCAGACAUCACGAUUAAGCUUGACUAGUUUAAAAAUGCCUUAUGACCUUCCUUACCAUACUCCACCUGCAAAAACCAUUGGUCAGACUACUGUCAUUCCCGGAACAAGUAGUACUCUUACUCCAAUUGAUUUAAGUUCGAGCAUUCCAAAGAAUUCUGAUAAAUCAAGUUUAGACCUACAAAACGAAGUCCAAGACUUCUCUGUAAAGAAAUCUACUCCAAUACAAGCUUCAUCAACGAAAAUUGGAAACAAAUUAGAUGACACACUGUCUAAGUUAAUGAAACGGAAAAAUUGCCCCGAGCCUGAACCAUUAAUUGGAAAAGAAAAGAAAAGAAGGAAGUUAGAUGAAAUAGUAUUAGGUUUAUCAGCUGCGAAGGAGCAAUCCUUAUUCCCAGAGCCUUCGAAAAAACCUACAGUAACGCCGAGCGUUACUGUUACCCCUACUUCUGCACCUGUAAGCACCUCUCAUAAUCUUUCACAAAAACCAUUUACUAUUACCGUUACAUCUGUUCCUUCCUCAGCUCCUUCAAGUAAAAGUAAUGUAAUGCAAAAUAUAUUACCCUCUUUGUCUACAAGCAAAGACAGUUUUUCUACAUUUUUGGCUCAAGCAGAACAACAAAACCUGCUGCUUAAAAAACAGCAGCAGCAGCAACGUAAAAGUUACGAGGCUAUGAUAGCCGAUAUAGGAAAAGUUUCCGACUUCAGCUCUAAAGUAAAUUCAUAUUCUCAUGAGGCUAAAGUCAAUAAAUGGUUAGCUGAACAAAACGCAGCUUUGGCAGAACAACCUUUGAGCGCUGAUUAUUUAUCUGCAAGAAGGAGGAGACCUAGAGUGGAUCCUACACUUCUCGACUGGAAAAAGCUAACUGGAGAUGAAAAUGUAGCUGUCAUUCAUAGAGUUACAGGAAAGAAAUUAACAGGACCCAAGGCUCCCACAUUAAAAAGAUUAGGCCAGUGGCUGAUGGAAAACCCUAUGUAUGACAUUGAUCCAAAAUGGUCCGAGUUAGUUAAAGAAAGAGGCAAUUUAAGUCAUGAUUUACAGAAGCGAUUACCGGGACAGGGUGGUAGUAAGGGCAAAAACACAACACCAGGAAGACCUCCUUUAUUAGCUAGUCCAACAGGAUCUACUUCAAGUGUUAGCUCAGCUAAUCUUACCACUUCAUUACCAUCAAGCAUGUCAUUUCCUUCUUUGAGUAACUCCAGUUUAGCAGGCCUAAAUUCAAACUUACUUACAGGUCUAUCUGGUAUGGGCCAAUUUGAUCCUAAAACUAAUCCAUUAUUAAUGCCAUUUGCUGGCUUGCCAAAUAUGGGUGCUCUAGGUUCCAUGGGAGGUUUAGGCAAUUUACCAAACAUGAAUUUAUUUGCCAAUUUAGCAACUCUGGGAUUACCUGGUUUAAGCGGAAUGGACGCGGCAACCUUAGCUAGUGCUACAGGAGAAUCUAGUAAAAACAUUUCAAGUAAAAGUAGCACAAAUACAAGUAAACAGCAAAAACCUCAAGAAGCCCAUAGUUCUAGUAAAAGUCAGUCAUCUUCAAACAGUUCUAUUCCUACCACAAAUCCAUUUCCUUUCUUCUUUCCUAAUCCUAGUUUGUUAUAUACUCCACUUGGUUUAGGAGGCUUGAAUCCCUUUACUUUACAACCAGGAAUGUCUGCUGCUUAUGACUCCCUAGCCCAACAAUGUGGUUUAUUGAAUGGAGGCUUAAAUCCUGCCGCAUCGCCUAACUCUAGUUCAAAAUUAAGCAAAUCGAACAUGUCAAGGGCACAAUCUACAACUACCACUGCUUCAAGUCAAAAUAAAAUUCCAAGAUCAUCUAGUCGAGAUGCACAUUUACAGCAGUUACUGUUGCCCCCUGAUACUCAAAUAUUGGAGAAUAUAUCAAAGGCCUCCUUGGACAUUUCUCUAAAACAGAGUAAAAGUGACAAGAAAGAGGAUAAGAGAAAAGCAUUGGAAAGUUUGAGGGGUAUGCUGCCUACAGAUUUUUCAAGCUCUGUAAAGGAUAAGAAAACGAGUAUACCUGGUUUAGCUGAUUUUACAAAACUAUUAGAGGCCCAAGUCAGUCAGAGCAGUAGCAAAAAGAGUCAAGAACUUCACAUGAAAGAAGCCUUAGAACAGUUUACUAAAACUAACGCUGAACUAAUGGCUAAAGCGUUAGCAGAAGAGCAGGCUAAAUUAAUGUCGGGUAAAAGGACAAGGGAAAUAAAUGAAUUUUCUGAGAGACAAACUGAAGAAGAGGAACAACUACCCAACAAGAAAAUUAAAGAGUCUCAAGAAAAAUCUCCAGUCCCAACACCAGCAGCAACACCAUCUCCUAUGCCAAAUAUUAAUGUAAUUAAUGAACAGGAAGGAGUAGAUAUAGAAACUUUACUUCCUCCUUCCACUGUUGUUAAAUCUUCUGGUAUGAGUCCAGAUAAGGCAGAUAUGAAGGAGAAGUCGCCAGAUAUUAAUAAAAAAGAAGAGGCAGAGCCAUCAGAACCACUUGGAAAUAAGGACAAAGAGGAAGUACCUAAGGAGGAUCAGAGCAAACCUGAUGUGACGGAAGAACCUGAGAAUCCUCCAAAAAAAAGUACAAAAAGAACUAGGGGUAAGCGUAAAUCCGGCGAAAUUCCUAUAGAUCAUGAAUCCGUGAUAGCCAAGAAAAAUUUGCGUUCAAGUGCUAGUCGUUCGGCCGCAGUAGCUGCUGCAAGGCAAAAAUUAGAAGCAGAAAAUGCACAACGUGAAAGUGAAAAUAGUGUGUCAUAAACUUCCAUUGGCCAAACUAUUUAUUUUACUUUGUACUUUAACUGUGGGUAUAUGGUGAACUGUGAUAAAAUUUGAUCUUGUCCUUUGAACACUUUAAAAAGUGAAAAUGGUGUGUAUAUUUGAAUUAUGAGUAUUGCAACUGUCGGUUUUUAUGGAACUGAUUAAUAUUACGCUUCAUAUAAACAUGUACUCCCCAAUUUAUUAAUUAACAAUGACUUAGUAUAUAUUUAAUUCUAAUAAGCUUCAACAAUGUUGGAUGACUAUUGUAAUUACCAGUUUUUAAAAUAUAUAUGGAUUGACAUAAGAGACUCGAAUGUUACAAAAACAAAAGUACUUUGAAAAUAUCAGCGAGAGAACAUUUCAAUUUGAUUUUAUGUUCACUUUAUAAUUUAUGUCUCGAGUUUGAAUUUAGUUUUAGAAUUUCUCUGAUGACUCACAAUUUGAAAUGUUUUUUUGUUGGAGUUUUUCAUAAUCAGCAUGAUAUUUUUGAUUUUCAUUUUCUACAAUUUGUAUAUAUAUAUAAAUAUGUUAGGAAUUAUAACAAGAUCAAUUUUGAAGAGGUGUGAAAAAGUGUGUAAAUAAAUUCGUGUUUUUUAUUUUUUUUUAUUUAAUCAUGUUAUGUUAAAUAGUGACAUAAGUCUGAUGAAUAUUUAUUAUAAUUUUUGCAAUGUUCUUUCAAUUUUCAUAUUUAUUACUUGGUUCUGCAUUUGCGCCCUAGCUAAAAUGCCAGAUUUAUUAGAUCUGUCGUUAUCAUAUACAACGUGUACACGUAUCAUAGUAUGGUAGCUCUCUCAUUUAUUGUUACAAUGUUCAUAUAGAUAAUUAAAUGAUAUAAAUUAAA